UCACACAAAUAAAAUCAAAGAGUGUCCAAAAGCAUAAAAGUAAAUAAACAAAUAAGAGCAAAAAAUCAAAAGAAGCACAAGGAAGGAUGGCACUUUUGGUUUCAUCAAUGGCUACCACUCUUGCAUUUGCUACAAACACUUGUGGAUAUAAUAAGAAGGCUGCAACAAUGAGGAGUGCAAGCAGCAGCAAGCAAACAACAUCAGGCAUCAAACUACUAACAAAUGUUGAAAAACUAAGACUGCUAACAAAAGCGGAAAAGGCGGGUUUGCUUUCCGCCGCAGAGAAGGCUGGAUUUUCAUUAUCUUCUAUAGAAAAACUCGGGCUGCUUUCCAAAGCCGAAGAGCUCGGGGUCCUUUCAGCUGCAACCGACCCCUCAACACCGUCGGCUCUAUUCACCUUAAGCUUGGCCCUAUUGGGUUUGGGUCCUUUUUUGGUGUAUUUGGUACCUGAGGAGUACCCUUGGGAAAUUGGGCUGCAAGUGGUGGUGGCUCUUGUUUCUGUUCUUGGUGGUUCUGCUGCUUUUGCAGCUUCAAAUUUUGUGUCUAAUUUGCAAAAGUCAAGUUGAAGAGUAUGCACAUGUGCUUUUCCAUGUUUUUCUUCUUGUAUACAGUUUGGAUUCUUGAAAUUUACUUACUUUUAGGCUAAUAAAUAGGUUGUAAACCAACCAAGCUACUCGAGAUUAA